AAUAUGUAUUGAGCUGCAAACAGACAUGCUCUGUAACUGUUGGGUUCUUGUUUCCUUCUCCUCCUCCCUCCCUCUCUCCUUGAAUGUGCCCUUUUGCUCCAUUUGUUUUUUUGUUUCUUGGUGAGGAGCUGUCGUCCCCGUGGCCAUCUGAUCUUUUCCUCCCCUUGUGCCAAAAAAACUGCUCUGUUUGAACAGGCAGAGGAGAGAUUUUCUUCUUAAAGGGGUCUCUGUUUCUUCGCUUUUCUGUGCCAAAAAACUCGACGUGAUCGUUCCCGAGUUGCGCGAAACAAGGCAAGUUGAGGUGGGUGUUGCUUCGAUGGAACCAAACGAGGUGAUGGGUUUUGGAACGCUUCGAAACGGAUAAAUUCUGCUGAGCUCUGAGGACACCGUCAGGAAACAGAGCCUCACAUCCCCUGCAAAACGAUUUUUACCAUCGAUUGCCGGGUUGCUCUGCAAAAGUUCUCUUUGUUAAUCAAGGUCGAUUGCGAAGACAAGUACGAUAAACACCCAGAAGACGAAGGUGGAGGAGGAGGAGCGUUGAUUGUUCGGGACGUUCAUUACAGAGAGCUCGUGAGGUGAGGUGAGGUGAGUUUUCGUGCAGAGGAGAAUCCGCCAUUAAAGCCCUUUUCAGGGGAGGAGAUUGUGAUGAAAGGGAUGGCCGCACGUAGAAUCCCGUCGUCGGAAAUGGAGGAGCCGAGCAUAGACACCGACAAGCUCAGCUAUGAAAUCUUCUCCAUCCUCGAGAGCAAGUUCCUCUUCGGCUACGAUGACCAGAACAACAAGCUCUGGGUCCCCAAGCAAAUCGACUCCAACAAAGCCACGCCCCCGCCGGUGAGCCCCCCAAACGGCAACGCCCAAACCCUAGACGCCGCCGCCGCCAUUUCCUCCAUCAAGAACCAGAGGGGGAAAAUCUGUAUCCUGAGCAUCGACGGCGGGGGCAUGAGGGGGGUCCUCUCCGGGAAGGCCCUGGCCUACCUUGAGCAGGCACUGAAGACCAAGUCCGGCAACCCCGACGCGAGGAUUGCCGACUACUUCGACGUAGCCGCUGGGACCGGCGUUGGCGGCAUCUUCACGGCCAUGCUCUUUGCCACAAAGGACCGCUGCCGACCAAUCUUCGCCGCCGACGACACCUGGCGGCUCCUCGCGGACCAAGGGAGGAAGUUCUACCGCGGGUCAUCGUCGUCUUCAUCGCCCUCCUCGGGCAGCCUCCUUCGGCGGAUCUUCCGCGGAGGGAGCAGCCGGUCAGGCUCCACCGCUGCUGCCGCGAUGGAGAGGGCAAUGAAGGAGGCGUUCACGGACAAGGGCCGGAGCCUGACGCUGAAAGACACGCUGAAGCCGCUGCUGAUACCCUGCUACGACCUCAGCAGCACAGCGCCAUUCCUGUUCUCGAGAGCGGACGCGCUGGAGACGGACAGCUACGACUUCAGGCUUUGGGAGGUAUGCAGGGCGACGGCAGCAGAGCCGGGAAGGGUGGGGCCGCUGCAGCUGAGGUCGGUGGACGGUCAGACUACGUGCAUGGCGGUGGAUGGUGGGGCGGCAAUGAGCAACCCGGCAGCAGCCGCGAUCACACACGUACUGCACAACAAGCAGGAGUUCCCGUUUGUGCGUGGGGUGGAGGACCUACUGGUCCUGUCCAUCGGGUCGGGUCAGUUUCUAGAGCCGAGCUACAAUUAUGAGCAGGUGAAGGGGUGGAAGGCCAAGGACUGGGCUCGCCCCAUGGCCCGGAUCUCCAGCGACGGCUCUGCGGACCUCAUUGACCAUUCGGUUGCCAUGGCCUUCGGGCAGUGCCGAAGCGCCAAUUACGUGCGGAUUCAGGCAAAUGGGUCCACAAUCGGGCGCUGCGGUCCUGACGUCGACACUGAUGCAAGCCCCGAGAACGUGAAGACACUGAUCGGAAUAGCCGAGGAGAUGCUGAAGCAGAAGAACGUAGAGUCGGUGCUGUUCGGAGGCAAGAGGAUCGCUGAGCAGAGCAACUUCGAGAAGCUCGACUGGUUCGCGGGGGAGCUUGUGCAGGAGCAUCAGAGGAGGAGUUGUAGGAUUGCUCCCACUGUUGCUUUCAAACAAGCUGCUCCUUCUGACCCCAAUUAGGCUCGUUAGUCUCGACCCCAACUGGAACCGCCCAGAGAAGAAGGUAGAAAAAGGGCAAGGGAAGAAUGAGGACUACUGCAAAAAAAAAAAAAAGGAAGAGAAAGGGAGAAAUAGAAAAUAGAUAGCAGCUUUUGCUUUGUGAAAGUGGAGGAAGAGGAAGAGGAAGAGGAAGAAGAAGAAGAAGAGGGAAGAAAAGGGGAAGAGGAGGAAGGAAAGAUCUUUGGUGGGAUACUUUGCCUGCCACAGGACAGGCACUGUGGUCUCCACUCCCUGCCUCCUUUCUGCGUUGUCAAAAGAAAAAUUCAAACCCCAACACAACACUGAACUGUGAGAGAGAGAGAGAGAGAGAGAGAGAGAGAACACAAAAUCCCAACCAAAAACAAGAAUCAUCCAUGCAUCUUUUGGUCUCAAAAAAGAUGAGAGUCCAAAGGAGAAUUUCAGUCAUGUUUAGAUUGUUAUCAUUGUCACGAGGGUGGUUUUUGCAAUCCAUCCUUCGCAGCAGGCCUGAAGAAAGUUCGCGUUUGGGGCCGGCCGGGGUCUUGUUCAAUUAUGAUAACACUUUGUUGUGGGUCAGGCUCCAUUUCAAUAUCUGAUGUCUUGGGUAAUUUAUUUUCUAAUUUUCUUUCUGCGUGUCCCUUGUUAUUUUUUUGUAAUUUAAUUUCUUGUUCAGAUUUGUAAGUGGUAAAGGUGGGGUGAAAAAGUAUACUGUGGGGUACCCUUUUGAAGCCACCUACCUACCAUCUUCUUUCAGAAUUUGGGUUCAUCCAUUGCCCCAUUCAGAAUGGGGGCCCUCAGGUGUUUGGAGGACUUUAGCUUCCAUGACAUUAAUAUUUCCCAAAAAAAAAAA